UGGGGAGAUAUGGGUCGAGUAAAGCUCUCACUAUCUCUGUUAUGAGUUAUGACAGACUCAAUUCCAUAUUUACGUAAUCUAAUGUUCAAUAGAAAACAAUAAAUAAUGUUUUCAUAGUCCAUGUUUUUAUUAAUUCCAACCAUGUCUUUGAUAUAUAUUAGACCCUACAGUGGUGAUAUGGUGGCAACAAAAACUGUCUUUUAGCUUCAAAUGAGAACGUACACACAGUAGUUCCAGAAGUUACCAAUCAAACGUCAAAAUUAUAUUAUAACACAUAGACAUAAUUUAAUCACGCCUUUAAAUGAUAUCAAAAAUCUGAAUUUUUUUUUCAUCAAAAGAAAAAACUGAAUUUUUAUAUAUCUGGGGUUUAGUCUGGAUUUCAGUAUAAACAAUUUAGUUGCAAAAAUACAAAACUUUGUUAUUUACACAGAAUUCGUUGAGAAAGAAACGAAAAUCAUAAACAAAUGGUAGAUAAUUGCUUGCAGUUAUGAAAGAUGCGUUCCAAAAAAAAAAUUGCUUGCAGUUAUAGAUUGUUAAUUAAUCUAGCAAUGCUGAUUAUUCUUAACCAGUUAAUCAAUAUAUUUGUUUUUCUUAUAUAUAAAACUGACCGUGAAAUCAGAACGUUAUUACUUAACGUUGGGUGGUGAGCCAUCCGCAAAAGAAGAUGCAAUCACACACUGAUAUUUCCCUGAAACCAUUACUUUAAAACAUACUUAAAUCCAUAAAUAGAAUACAAACCAACCCUAUAAAACACAUCAUCAAUCCUCCAAUAAUCAAAAAGAAAAAAUCCUCCAAUAAUCAAAUCAAUAUAUAUAUUUGUGUACACUUUUUAAAAAGAAGACAAAAGAAAAGAAAAAAAAAUAUUGAUUAUAACAAUGGCUAAUGGAAGAAGGUUGCUCGCUAAGGCAAAUGAUAGUAAAGUAGGUUCGUUAAUUCUAAUGGCCGUAGUGUUUGGUUCUUGCCUGGCUAAUGGUGAAUAUCUCGGUGGCGGACGUGGCCUUUCCGGUAGUUCCGGCGCGGUCUUUGAUAUUACUAAGUUUGGGGCCGUGGGAGAUGGUGCCACCAACACUUUCAAGGCGUUUUUGAAAGCAUGGAUCCAAGUGUGUGACAGCCCUGUACCGGCAACGCUACUAGUCCCUGCAGGACAAUACUUGGCUGGUCCAGUUAUUUUUGCUGGUCCAUGCAAGAGCAGAGUAACUGUCGAAGUUCAAGGCACGAUCAUCGCUACAACAAGUGGAUAUGCAACCCCCGAAUGGUUCUUAUUCGAGCGUGUCAACGAUGUCCUUCUCACCGGAACCGGCACAUUCAACGGCAAAGGUGAAGACAUAUGGAAAGAAGGUUGUGGCAAAAAGACCAAUUGCAAUCUUCCUCCAACGUCUCUAAAAUUCAGAAACUUGAAAAAUCUUGAAGUCAGCGGCAUCACAUCGGUCAACUCAAAAGCCUUCCACAUGUUCUUGGUGAAAACCGAGUUUGUCAACAUCCACAACAUUAAGCUUCUCGCGCCUGCUGAAAGUCCUAAUACUGAUGGUAUCCAUUUGAGCAAUGCGGACCACGUUAGCAUUACGAACAGUAAAAUGGCGACAGGAGAUGAUUGUGUUUCAAUUGGUCGUGGCUCCAACAAUGUAACCAUCCAAGGUAUUAUUUGUGGUCCAGGACACGGUAUAAGUAUUGGUAGUCUUGGUAAGUACAAGAAGGAGGAGGACGUUUCCGGCAUUCACGUUAGCAAUUGCACGAUGAUAGAGACCGACAAUGGUCUUAGAAUCAAGACUUGGGGUGGCUCAGAUCCAAGCAAGGCUGCGGACAUUAAAUUUGAAAACAUUCAAAUGCAAAGUGUCAAGAACCCAAUCAUCAUUGACCAAAACUACGGUUCAAGAGGCGGAGAUUCACAAGUUGCCGUAAGCGAUGUGUUGUUCUCGAACAUAAGAGGAACAACAAUUACACAUAAUGUUGUUCAGCUCAAUUGCAGCAAAUCGGUACCGUGCGCAGGAGUCAAUGUUGUUGACGUGAACUUGAACUACGUAGGCAAGAAAGGAAAAAAACAGUCGGCGUCAGGAGGUUUGGUUGGAGCUAUUUGUGACAACGCUAAGGUUGUCUUUGGUGGACAACUUAGCUUCCCAACGUGUGCCAAAUGAUUUUUUUUGGUAUAAAUAAUUUAAUAGUGAAAAAUCAAAAGUUUCACAAACGUUUGUUUCGUUUGUUGGUUAGUUUGAAAAUUUACCAACAAAAAAUAAGCAUUAGAAUAUUUGACUUUUGAUAAUGUUUUCUCCUAUCUUUUUAUAUUUUUAUUUCUACUUAUGGAGGUAAUGUAUAAUAGAGGGAUCCUUAAGCUGAUUGUCCUGGUUAGAAAUCUGGUCUGUGAGUAUUACUGUAUAACGUAUACACACAUUUUAUUCACAAUAGAAUUACUCUAUUUAGUUGCACAAAAAAAUAAUUACUCUACCUAAAGGAACUAAUUGAAGAAACAAACAAAACAUCAGAUAAUCAAAGCUUCCUUUGCUUAACCUAAUCUCAGGAACAAGCACAUAGAAAGAUCAUGCGAACUGAGAUAUCGAUUUCCAUCU